AUGGCUUUGAAGUAUGAGUUAGAACAGUGGGGUGCCGCUGUUCAAGCUUAUGAUUCUCAAGAUUUUGAUAAAGCUUUGGACACAUUCGAGACUAUUGCAGAAUCUGCAAAAUUCCAUUUUAAUAUGGGUUUAAUAUAUGCCACCCUCGGUGAACACGAAGAAGCAUGCCGGUCAUAUAAAAAAGCUGUAAAAUUAGAUCAAUUUUUUGCUGUAGCUUAUUUUCAAAAGGGCGUUUCCCAUUUCCUAUUAGGUGAAUUUGAAAAGGCAUUAGCAAAUUUCAAUGAUUCUUUAUUGUAUCUUCGUAAAAAUGUUCUUAUAGAUUAUGAACAAUUGGGAUUAAAGUUUCGACUUUAUUCAUGUGAAAUUUUAUUUAAUCGUGGCCUGUGUUACUUAUAUCUUGGUCAAACGGAUCAAGGUAUGGGUGAUUUUACAUCGGCCGCAAAAGAAAAACAAACGGAGGAGCAUGAAGUCAUUGAUGAAGCUAUCACAGUUCAGGGUCAAGGUUUCACUGUAUUUUCAAUCCCAGUUGGUGUAAUUUAUAGACCACCUGAAGGAAAACUUAAAAAUGUAAAAACAAAAGACUAUUUAGGUAAAGCAAAACUAGUAGCAGCUGUAGAUCCAGAAGACGCAUUCACCGGUUUUACAGGUGCUCAACAACAAAAGAAACAAGGACUUAAUACGACAACACCAAUUACAAAAGCAAACACCGAAGGCGCUGUUAUACAAAUUAAUAAUGGAUCAAAUUCGCGACCGGCUUCUCCAACUGAAAAACCUCAGAGACCUAAAUCAUUGUCAUCCAGUCCAAGAAAUCCACCUUUUCCUAUGCGAGCGAGCAGAAAUCCAAGUAUAGCAAGACGACGUCCUCCUCAGAAUGAAGGAACUCCUAUUUAUGUUGAUGACGAUAAGACUUCUAAUGGUGGAGGGCAAUUUCCUGAUAGACGCUUACCCGCUUCUGAAGGUACGAUGCGAUCUACCUCACCUGCACCGGAUUAA